GAUCUGCGGCCCCGCUGACGGCCCCGGAUCUGCGGCCCCGAGCGGCAGCUGCUCCCGGGGCGGGCCGGGAUGUGCAGCUGUCCGGGGGAUGACAUUGACGCCGUGAGCACGGCCCUGAGCCGCCUUGCUAUGGUCGGCGAGGGGAGUCAGUCCACUCAAGAGGCUUUUAGGAUAGAAUAUGAUACUUUUGGUGAACUUAAGGUCCCAAGUGACAAAUACUAUGGUGCCCAAACUGUAAGAUCUACAAUGAACUUCAAAAUUGGAGGUGUUUCAGAAAGGAUGCCAGUUCAAGUCAUAAGGGCCUUUGGCAUCUUGAAGAGAGCAGCUGCUGAAGUAAAUCAAGAUUAUGGUCUCGACCCAAAGAUUGCUAAAGCUAUUGUACAGGCAGCAAAUGAGGUAGCUGAAGGAAAAUUAAAUGAUCACUUCCCAUUGGUAGUGUGGCAGACUGGGUCUGGAACUCAAACCAAUAUGAAUGUCAACGAAGUCAUCAGCAACAGAGCCAUUGAGAUAAUGGGGGGCACCCUGGGGAGCAAAAAGCCAGUACAUCCGAAUGACCAUGUUAACAAAAGCCAGAGUUCAAAUGACACUUUCCCAACAGCAAUGCAUAUUGCUGCUGCCCAGGAGGUUAAUGAGGUGUUGUUACCUGGACUGAAGAAGCUACAGAAUGCACUUGAAGGGAAAUCCAAAGAGUUUUCCCAAAUCAUAAAAAUAGGGCGCACUCAUACGCAAGAUGCUGUUCCACUUACACUCGGACAGGAAUUUAGUGGUUAUGUGCAACAAAUUAAAUAUGGUGUGGCUAGGAUUGAAUCAACCAUGCCAAGAGUAUAUCAGCUGGCAGCUGGUGGGACUGCAGUUGGCACAGGAUUAAACACAAGAAUUGGCUUUGCUGAGAAAGUUGCUGCUAAAGUGGCUGAACUGACAGGUUUGCCUUUUGUCACUGCUCCGAAUAAGUUUGAAGCGCUUGCAGCCCAUGAUGCUUUGGUUGAACUCAGUGGAGCCAUGAACACGGUGGCCUGUAGUCUGAUGAAAAUAGCUAAUGAUAUUCGUUUCCUGGGUUCUGGACCACGCUCUGGACUUGGAGAACUCAUCCUGCCUGAAAAUGAACCAGGAAGCAGCAUCAUGCCAGGAAAAGUGAACCCUACCCAGUGUGAAGCUGUAACGAUGGUGGCAGCCCAAGUUAUGGGAAACCAUGUUGCUGUUACUGUAGGAGGAAGCAAUGGACACUUUGAACUGAAUGUCUUUAAGCCCAUGAUGAUUAAAAAUGUUUUAAACUCUGCAAGACUUCUUGGAGAUGUGUGUGUUUCUUUCACUGACAACUGUGUAGUAGGAAUUCAAGCCAAUACGGACAGGAUCAACAAACUGAUGAAUGAAUCUUUGAUGUUGGUAACAGCACUGAACCCACAUAUAGGUUAUGAUAAAGCAGCUAAGAUUGCCAAAACUGCUCACAAAGAGGGGACAACGUUAAAAGAAGCUGCUCUAAAGCUGGGGUUCCUUACGUCAGACCAGUUUGAUCAGUGGGUGAAGCCUAAAGAUAUGUUAGGUCCUCAGUAACUCCUGUACAAAAUAAAAAAAGUGUUCUUAAUAUAAAAAAAUAAAACAAAUAUGAUAUCACAGAAUUAA